CUGCAGGUGGCGCAGGUGCUUAAAUGCAGCGACGCGCCAGCCCUGCGUCGCACUGCCAAACGCUAAGCGCACGCGUCCCGACCUCGCCGCUCCCGCACUUCGGACCCGUCAUGUCCCAGCGGUACCCCAUCAGCAUCCGGGUAACCGGAGUCAUGGAGAAGGACAAGAAAAAAAUGUACAUCGCCUCGGUGCUCUGGUCCGACGAGGACGAGAUCGUCGUCUACAGGACUCUCGAGGACUUUAAGAAGAUGCACAAGCUCCUCAAGAAAGCCUUCCCCGGCGGGAAAAAAUCCGAGCGAAUCGUGCCCAAAUUUCACGUGGGCAAGAAGAGCAAAGCCGCCCAGAAGAACGGCACCGGCAAGUCCCUCAAUUACCUCAACGCCCUGCAGAAGUACUGCAACCGACUGCUGAGCUGCGAUCCGCAGGUCAACCAGUCGGUGCACCUCAUCCAGUUUCUCCACCCCAAAAAUGAGGAACUGCAGCCGGAGUACGCCAGGAACGGCAUCAUAAUUACGCCCCCCGAAAGCCAAGCCCAGCAGCAGCAAAUUCUCAGCCAGGGCGCCAACGUGACCCAACCCUUCAGCACGGAGACUUAUCGGUGCGUGGCCCCCUACGAGACCAAGGACACCAAGAACAAGCCCUUCAAAAUAGCGCUGAAUGAAAAAGUCGACGUGCUCAUCAAGGACAAAGCAGGUUGGUGGCUUGUGGAGAACGAGGACAAGUGCUUGGCCUGGUUUCCUGCGCCGUACCUGGAGAGGACGGACGACGAACCCGAAGAGGACGACAUCGAUGGACUUCCCGAAAGAGGACUCUUUUACACGGUGACCAAGAGCUACAAAGCCACCAACGAUGACGAAAUGACAGUGAGCGUCGGCAACUCGGUGGAGGUGCUGCAGAAGUCGGAGAACGGCUGGUGGCUCAUCAGAUACCAAGGCAAGGCCGGCUACAUCCCAAGCAUGUACCUGAAGCCCCCGAGCCACGGCCGCGUGGCAGGAGGCCAGCGCCAGCGCAGGACCCACACCCUCCUGGCCCCUUCCAACCUGGCGGCGCAGUCGCAGAUGAUGAGCCGCUCUCAAGAAAAUCUGCAGCAGCCGAACCUCGCCAGGCCCACCUCACCCAAUCUCCUUCGACCCCAAAGCAAGCAAUUUUCAAAAUCCACCGAGGUCCUGAGCCCACCUGCGCCGGCCGCCGACACGCUUCCCAGACCUGGACGCGCCCCGUCUCCCGCGCCGGGGCGGGCCCCGUCUCCCGCUCCGGGGCUGGCCCCGUCUCCCAAGCCGGGACGGGCCCCGUCUCCCGAUCCGGGGCGGGCCCCGUCUCCCAAUACGAAACACGCCGCUCCUCCCAACGCAAGCUACGUCCCGACGCCCAUAAUCACGGUGGAGAACGACAUGGAUACCGAUCUUCCGAGUAGCCCGACUGGGGACAGCGAGGAAGAGUUCACAAGCGACAGCGAAUUCAGCAGUGACGAAUUCAGCUCGUCCUCAGCCAGCACCAGCGUGACGCUGAGCAUGAGCACCGACGACUACCGCCUGCGCCACAGCCGCACCCCUCCGCCGCCGGGAAGGAACAACCUGAAUCCGGAGCGCGCUCUGGGCGGCAAAAUGACCCCCGCCGUGUCCGACCCCGUCCUCUUCAAGAGCGUCUCGGCGCCCAAGGUGCCGCCCAGGCCGCGGACCAAAGAGAUCCUCAACCGCUGCACCACCAUCACUCGCAAGAACGCCAACAGAUCUCCGAGCCCGACGCAGACGCCCAUCCAGAGUCAUUAGAAGUGGCCAAAGUCGGACGACGCGGCACAAACCGUUCGGAUGGAGCGUCAUUUGUAAAAAAAGUGUCCAUUUACGCUUUUGUAGCACCUUUGCAGCUAGGAACGUAUCACUCAAGUCUUUCCAGUCUCUUCAGAGUAUAUUUUCCAUACUGGAAAACUUUUGUUGAGCCUUCAUCAAUGCAUUUAGAUGUGGAACUUUUUUUUUUUUUUUUUGUAUGUACCCAAAGAUAAUUGUGUGUCAAGAAUGCUAGAUUUGGAAAUUGACUGUGGGUGUGUUGCGGUUUCUUUGCUUCGGACAUAAUAAAAGGACAGUGAUCAACUGCGCAACGCGACUUCCGACACUUUUCUUCGUUUCAGUCCGCCGUGG